GUCCCAAUCGUCAGUAGUGUGUGCUUUGCGAACGGUUCGAUUCACUUCCGGAGGUAUCUUGUGCUUUACGUAUCACUCCCAUCCCAGAAGCUCCCGAGCAACGAGAUGAAAUUCGCCACCGUGUUUGUUGUAGUGCUGGCCGCCGUGCUCGGUGCCUGUAUGGUUACCGCCCAGACGCACAACUACUUCUUCGGAUCGCGCAUCCCGUACGAUAGCCUCGUCAACCAAACCACCGUCAUACAGUCGAGUUCGUUCCUGCGCGUGAAGUCUGCCUACCUGGACUACCCGCUGAAGGGACAGCGUGGACGCAAUAUUACCGCCAUCUACGUGUACGACCGGCUCGGCAGUGGCCGUGGAGGAUACGCCAGUAUUACGAGCGGUGGCAUCGGAAAGAACUACACCCGUAUCAAUCUGAAGACGCAGCGUGGAAAUGGCAUGAACUUCCAGGUGGAAAUCUACGGCCGCUAAGAUGCUGUCGUCCCGCUUGAUGAGCAACGACUUUGUAAACCAAACAGACGAAGAAAUAGAUAACAUUCGCUGACAUGCUCUUUCAUUGUGCAUACUAGCUACAA